UAUAAAUCUGCCAACCCUGCGCCACUAGUUUCCUCCCUCGCCUUUUCCCUACCGCUUCAGCCUUGAAGAUACAAAAGAAAUAUUAUAUUAAACUAGUUACAGCUUCUUUGAUUUCUUUAUUUAGUGGCAUUCCAUGUGCAUUGGAAUCACACACUUGUAUUUUAUUACUCUUUCAUUCAUUCAUUAAUUGCACUUCCUCUCAUUCCCUCCCUGUAUAUAAAACCUCACAUCUUGUUCCUUCAGUAUCCCGCUUUUUCUCUUUUUCUCCUCUUCUUCUUCUUAUUUUUUAUUAUAUUCUUCUCCUCAGUUUCACCAAAGUUCUGAUACUAUCAGCUGCUACAAUGGGUGAAGAAGCUAAACAGGCAGAGCCCAAGCCAGAGGAGAAAGUUGAAGAGAAAAAAGAAGAGAAGCCUGCUGAGGAAGAGAAGAAGGAAGAGCCAAAACCACCUGCUCCCUUCGUUUUGUUCGUGGACCUGCAUUGUGUGGGGUGUGCGAAGAAGAUUGAAAAGUCUAUCAUGAAGAUUAGAGGCGUGGAGGGAGUUGUGAUAGAUAUGGCUCAAAACCAGGUUACUAUAAAAGGAAUAAUUGAACCUCAAGCUGUUUGCAACAGAAUCAUGAAGAAAACCAAGAGAAGAGCUAAAGUUUUGUCUCCAUUGCCUGAAGCUGAGGGUGAACCAAUGCCCCAAGUUGUCACCUCACAGGUCAGUGAAUCAACAACUGUAGAGCUAAACGUAAACAUGCACUGUGAGGCCUGUGCUGAGCAACUGAAGAGAAAGAUACUCAAAAUGAGAGGAGUGCAAACAGCUACAACGGAGUUAAGCACAGGGAAGGUAAUAGUGACAGGGACGAUGAAUGCAGAGAAGCUGGUGGAUUAUGUUUAUAGACGCACCAAAAAGCAAGCGAAGAUAGUGCCACAGCCAGAGCCUGAACCAGAAAAGAAAGAAGAGAAAAAAGAAGAAGAGAAACCAGCAGCAGAAGAACCUAAACCAGAAGAAGCAAAACCAGAAGAGAAAAAAGAAGAAAACUCAGAGAAGAAAGAAGAGGAUCAAAAAGCAACAGAAGAAGAACCCAAGAAACAAGAAGCUGGUGAAAACCCUGAGAAAAAUGAGAACAAAGAAGAGGCCAAGAAGGAAGAAGGAGGAGAUCAGAAUAUUGAAGUUAUAAGCAGCAUUGAUGAUGAAGGUAUGAAGAGAAUGAUGUACUAUUACCAGCCACUUUACGUGAUUGAGCGAAUCCCACCUCCUCAGCUCUUCAGUGAUGAGAAUCCCAAUGCAUGUUCUAUUUCAUGAUUGAUCAUGUAAUAAUUUAUCAACCAAAUUCUCUCUCUAUGUAUGUAUAAUAUAUAAUCUAUCGUAGAUAGUUGCAGUCACUUAAAUUAAUUCCACUUGCGAUGAGCGAGGAUUUUGGAGGAGCUCCAUCAGUGGAAGGUGUCAAAUGAGUAUGGGCAAAUGGGAAUUGUUUUAGAGAUCUGAUUCUACACCCAUCAAGUAAUUAAUAUAUCAUUCUGUAUUUUGUCAUAUAUUUAAUGAAGCAUGCAAUACAAACUUUGUCAUGUUUUCUAUUAA